CUUUCUUUGUCUCCUCUGCAAUCUUUGCAGCUCUGGUACUCGAUGUCCAAGUCUAUAUCACCAAUACCAAGAACAGUCCCAGGAUCAUCCGUGGACGAGGUGCAACCGCCUUAGUUGGAAAGUUGUGACCAGGAAAUUCGCUCUUCCGUCAACUAGUCCGUCAGUUCUAGGUCUCAGGAGAGAUCGGCUCUUGAAGCGAUAUCCCGAUCCUCACAGCAUCUCGAAUGCUCUGGCUUGCUAAGCUCAGAGCAGAGCGAGAGGCGGAAUCUCGACCACAAUACGAUGCAGCUAGCUAAGACCGCAUCUCAAUUCUCAAAAACCUCGCCGAACCUCCUCGACGAAGGUAAUGAGGACCUGAGCCAAAGCAAUCUUCGGUCACCCAAUAAAGGCGGCGGCGGUGAGAACGUCGAUUUCGACUCUUCAGACAGUGGAUCUGGGUCCUCUGCGGGAAACAAGACCGUCAGAGAGGGCAUCGGCUUGGUGUCAAGCAGCGUUGGGUCAGGAUAUUUGCCGUCUUCGGGGCAGGAUGCCACGGUAUCACAAACAAAUGUCUGGAGCUCAAAUUCGUCGGCGAAAGUCAGCAACGCCAUGCCGACGCUGAAUGAUAUGGUACACAGAAGAUCUCGUGUGAGCGAGCUCGAGCAAGAGAGCAUGACGUCUGCAAGUAGAGACGGCGAUUCCAGUCACCGUAUUGACGACCCUUCUCACAAUUUUGGGUUUAUCCAGUCCUUCGGCUGCUUAAUAGCAGUACGAGAAGCGGACGACGAAGGAUCACUGGAAGUUCGACAGUGCUCCGAGAAUACUGAAAAAAUUCUUGGACUAUCGCCCGCUUACCUUUUCUCGUUGAAUUCUUUUCUGGAUUGUCUCGAUGACGAUCAAGCAGAAUAUCUCCGGGACCACAUUGAGGCACUCUCCGAGCCACAAGACAAGGAGACUGAGUCUGACCCGAGCGUCUUUCAGCUCAACGGCUGGAGUCAGGGUGAGACUGGAACGAGGAAGCGGUGGGACUGUUGGUGUGCCGCGCACUGCGUCGCAACGACACGGAAGGAUGAACCAGAGGUGAACGUACAGCCCAAGCCAAUAAUUGCACUAGAAUUCGAACUCGUUCACGACAAGGUCAAUCCUUUGGCACAUUUUCUCCCUCAGCAACUCUUCAAGGAGAAGGAGUCGGAGGCCGAGGCGGGACCAAACAGAUUGACGAGACUUGCUAGCAGCGCAAGUCUUGACGAGAUUCGUGAACCGUCCGCUACUGUGGCUGUUGAUUCAGUCGUCGCGCUAAAUGAAGUCCCAAUCGAGGGUACGCCAAAAGCAGUCGUAAAUUCCGAGCACAAGCCCUAUUUGCCCGCGUCAGAGAAUCCGGCCGAGCUGAGGAAUCCGCUUUCGAGGCCAAGCAAGGCCGUAGACCAUCCGCGGCGGAGUGCUGCUGGCCAAGCAAACGAACAUCGCUUCAGACCCGGCCGAACGCGCUCCUCACAGAACCCAAUUAAAAACCUCGGCGAAGGACGGUCAAUGCUCGAUAUGUUUGGUAUCCUCAGCCAGGUCAACGGACGGAUGCAGGCUCAGAAUGACAUUCAGGAUCUCUUUACGGUGGCUGUGAGCGCCAUCCGAGAGCUCACGGGCUUCUCCCGCGCUGUGCUGUACCGUUUCGAUCAGCGAUGGAACAGUCAAGUGGUCCACAAGCUUCUUGACUGGAACCAGAAGAACGAACCCUACAAGGGUGUGCAUUCUCCGGACAUCGACAUCUCCAAGCAGGCUCAAAAUCUGUGCAAGAUCAACAAAAUCCAAGUCCUCUAUGAUCGAGAUCUGCAUCCGGCCAAAUUGAUCUGCAAGGACGUGAUCGAGCUCAGAAGACCAAUCGACACGUCUCGCUGCUUCCUCCUAGCCGUGCGCCCGAAUCGCCUCAGGCACCUUGCCAGAAUGGGUGUGCGUGCGUCCAUGUCCGUUUCUAUUACAGCGUUCAAUCAGCUCUGGGGUUUUCUUGCUCUGCAUACCUACGAUGCUAAGGGAAGACGAGUGUCAUUUCCCAUGAGGCAACUGUGUCGACUUCUUGGCGACUCAAUUGCGCGCAACAUUGAACGCUUGACCCACACGAAGCAUUUAUCGGUCUCAAGCCCAACAAAAGCCCUCAGAACAGACGUCAAUACGAGCAAGCUUUUGAUCAGCAACGCAGCAGAACUCCUUGUGCAUUUUGACGCUGAAUUUGGUGCUCUCGCUCUCGGCGAUGAGAUGGACGUAUUAGGCCCGCCCAACGUGGAACCAGAAGUCGUUGAUAUCGCUAGAUAUCUGCAAAGCAAGAAGUUCCGGAGAGUAGUCAUCUCGGAACACAUAAGCGCAGACUUUCCCGACUUGGCUCUAUCCAAUGAUUCGUCGAAGGAUAUCACUAGCCUGCUUCUUAUCCCUUUGUCUGAAACGGGUGCCGAUUUCAUCGUAUUUUUUAGAUAGUAGAGGCUUUGCAUGUAGGAUGAAUAGCCGAGACAGUUGUAAACGAAAGGGAAGAAGCGGUUAUUUCGUCACCUAGCUUACAGUACGUGUAACGUCAAAGCAAUCCUCAAACAUUUCUAU